AAGAGCGCAGCCUUUGAAACGGAAACUGUCAGUUGUUAGCUAGCCUAGCUAGCUUUAGCUAAGUUAAGACUAUGGCAGCCAACUUUGGAACAAAGUUGAGCCAGGGCGUUUGUGUGCACUAACGAUGCAUGCCAUUUUUUAAAUAGUUUCUCAUAAUGUUGUAGACUUGGAGACGGAAAUAUGUCAAUUGUGACCGUUCAACUGGGGCAGUGCGGUAACCAAGUCGGCCAGGAGCUGUUCGAUGUCAUCAGCAACGACACUCACGAUGCGCAGCGAUAUAAACCCAGUGCCCUUGGAAAAGCAUACCAUGUCUGCAGUCAGGAAAGGUUUCUCCACGAGUCCAUAACGGGAGAGCUGUCUGCCCGAGCUGUCCUCAUUGACAUGGAGCCCAAGGUGAUCACUCAGACCAUGGCAACAGCUGCUAAGUCUGGCAGAUGGAAGUAUGGAGAUCAGUCAUUCUUCUGUCAGAAACAGGGCUCUGGAAACAACUGGGCAAAUGGGUUCUGUGUCCACGGGCCACGUCACGAGGAGGCGGUGGGGGAGCUGGUGCGCAGGGAGGUGGAGCGCUGCGACCGGCUGGCGGGAAUCCUCACCCUGAUGAGUGUGGCGGGGGGUACGGGCUCUGGAGUGGGCACCUACAUCACCCAGUGCCUCCGAGACGCGUACCCGCACUCCUUCCUCCUCAACCAGCUGACCUGGCCCUACGGCACCGGGGAGGUGAUCGUGCAGAACUACAACUCGGUCCUCACGCUGUCGCACCUGUACCAGUGCUCCGAUGCCAUCCUGGUCCACGAGAACGACACCGUGCACAGAAUCUGCGCCCAGCUCAUGAACAUCAAACACAUCUCCUUCAGCGACGUCAACAAGGUCAUCGCCCACCAGCUGGGCAGUGUGCUGCAGCCUGCCCACACAGCACACACACACAGCCAGUACAGCAGGAACCCUAUGGGAGAGCUGAUGGCCGGGCUGGUGUGCCACCCUGAGUACAGGCUGCUGAGUGUGUGCAGCGUCCCGCAGAUGCCCAGCUCCUCUCUGGCCUACAGCACCUUCACCUGGCCUGGCCUACUCAAACCCCUGCGCCAGAUGCUCAUCACCAGCGCUAAGAUGGAGGAAGGCAUCGACUGGCAGGUGCGUGCACCCCCUGUGGGACAGGGGGCAGCACAGAAACUCAGUGGCUUCAACACCUCCCUGGCCAACCUCCUUAUACUGCGAGGCAAGGAUGUCUCCAGUGCCAACGCAUGUGGCUUUCUCGACCCGGCGCUGUAUUGCCCCUGGUUGCCAGCAGGGGGAGCCUUUAGCACCUGGAGAUCACAGCUUCCCUUCAACAGAUAUGAGAAGUCAGCUACUCUGGUCAGCAACAGCCAGUCUCUGCUGAGGCCCCUGGACCACAUGGUGGGAAAGGCCUGGAACAUGUUUGCGUCCAGGGCAUACGUUCAUCAGUACACCAAGUUUGGAAUCACAGAGGAGGAUUUCCUGGACAGCUUCACCUGCCUGGAGCAGGUCAUAUCCAGCUACAAACACCUGUGAUCAGAACACCUGGAGCAGGUCACAUCCAGCUACAAACACCUGUGAUCAGAACACCUGGAGCAGGUCACAUCCAGCUACAAACACCUGUGAUCAGAACACCUGGAGCAGGUCACAUCCAGCUACAAACACCUGUGAUCAGAACACCUGGAGGAGGUCUUAUCCAAAUAGACACCUGUGAUGAGAACAUCUGGAGUUGGUCAUCACCAGAUAGACACCUGUAAUCAGAACAUCAGAAGGAGGCCAUAUCCAGAUACAAACACAUGUAAUCAGAGCAUCUAGAAACGGAUAAUUACUUGAUGUAACUGCAGACUGAGCUGAAUCUCUCACACUGAGCUGGAUAAUGGCAGUGUCACUGUACAGACUGCAGACUAAAGCUGAAUCUCUCACACUGAGCUGGAUAAUGGCAGUGUCACUGUACAGACUGCAGACUAAAGCUGAAUCUCUCACACUGAGCUGGAUAAUGGCAGUGUCACUGUACAGACUGCAGACUGAGCUGAAUCUCUCACACUGAGCUGGAUAAUGGCAGUGUCACUGUACAGACUGCAGACUGAGCUGAAUCUCUCACACUGAGCUGGAUAAUGGCAGUGUCACUGUGCAGACUGCAGACUGAGCUGAAUCUCUCACACUGAGCUGGAUAAUGGCAGUGUCACUGUACAGACUGCAGACUGAGCUGAAUCUCUCACACUGAGCUGGAUAAUGGCAGUGUCACUGUACAGACUGCAGACUGAGCUGAAUCUCUCACACUGAGCUGGAUAAUGGCAGUGUCACUGUGCAGACUGCAGACUGAGCUGAAUCUCUCACACUGAGCUGGAUAAUGGCAGUGUCACUGUACAGACUGCAGACUGAGCUGAAUCUCUCACACUGAGCUGGAUAAUGGCAGUGUCACUGUGCAGACUGCAGACUGAGCUGGAUAAUGGCAGUGUCACUGUACAGACUGGAGCUG